AUGGCACAAACUGAGGAAAAAUACGUCAAUGUGGCCCCCAGAAGUGGUCUCGUCACUCGGCACAUCUCGAAUGACACCGUCAUUGGGCACACAGACGGAGCUUGGCAUAAAGGGAACCUUAUAGGCGGACUAGGAUGGGCUUUUCAUCGUAAUGAGGCAUCAGGCGGAAUCACCACAGUUCUUGAACAUGGCUCUCAAUCUGAACUUUAUGUUAGUUCACCUUUAAUGGCUGAAGCUCUUGCUAUGCGUUUGGCUAUCGAAAAGGCAAUGGAGAGAGGCAUCUUGAAGAUCGUUAUGCACUCGGACACUCUGAUUCUUAUAAAUGCUAUCACCUCUGGUCAUCCGAUCAAAGAGAUAAUUGAAUCCUCUAAGACAUCAAAACUUAUGUUCCUUUGUUUUCGCUUAUAG